UUCACCACCCUCCUCCUCCUGCUCUUGACAACAAUUUCCCACCAACUGGUUCAUCUCCAAGACUCCCAAAUCUCAAUUAUUAACCAAAUCUUCUACAUUCUACAAAUCCAAAAAGGUUUAAUAACUAAAAGACCAAAAAGAAAAAAGGAUAAACCAAUGAUUUUACUUUACAAAGAAAGAGAGGAUUGAAAAGAGAUCCAACUUUCAUUUUCUCGAACCCUGUUGGCUAUUUUUUCUAGGUAUAAUCAUAAUGGGGUGUUCAGCUUCUCGUCCCAGUAAUUUCAUCACACAACAGCAAAAUCCCAACUCGAAUUCUUCUUAUUCACAUUCAAAUUCCCAGUUGCAGUCUCCAUUUUCAGACCCUUGUUCAACUCCUAUAUCAAGAACUCUAUCUCUCCCUACCCCUUUGGUCCACCAUCCACCUCUAUGUAAAGGGGAUUCUAAUCACUUUGUUUCCUUGACCUCCACCACUUAUGGUUCCCUUGUACUCGUUGAACCCCCAAACACCAAUUUCAAUGGCCAAGAUUUCGACAUUCUGACUCCGCAUUUGAAAAAGGGCCAAGUUUAUGGCAGUUCUGAGGACCCUUUGUCCUCAGACUCGGUUAUCAAUACUUGGGAGCUCAUGGAAGGGCUUGAUGACGAUGAAUUCAAUUUCCACAUCAUUGACUACCCAAAGAAGUCCAACAGAAAAGAGCUUGGUGAGCUAAUGAAAUCCUAUGAGUUUGUAGAGCACACGGAUACCAAGCCGUUGUGGAAGCAUUUAUCUGAGGAAUCGUUGCUAGCAAAAAUGGAUCCCAAUGUAGUCUCGCGUUAUCGAAAGGCACUGUUUGCCAGACAGGAUGGAUAUGAAAAGACCAAAGAUAUCUCGAAAACCAAAAGGAUUGAGUCUUUGGAAUUAAAUAGCGUGAGUUCUUUUGUGUCAACUGAUAAUGAGUUGUAUUUAUCUGGUGCUGAAGAUCGAAUUAUUUUGUAUUACACUAGCUUGAGGGGGAUUAGGAAGAGUUAUGAGGAUUGUUGUGCUGUAAGGGGGAUUUUCAGGGGAUAUAAAGUGUGUGUGGACGAGAGGGAUAUUUCUAUGGACUCGUCAUAUAGAAAGGAGUUGCAGGAGGCAUUGAAAGUCAAGGCUGUGAGCUUGCCACAAGUGUUUAUUAGGGGGAAAUACAUUGGUGGAGCAGAGGAGAUAAAGCAGCUUAAUGAGGCUGGAGAGUUGGCUAAGCUUUUGAAAGGUUUUCGGCUUAUGGAUUUGGUGUUUGUGUGUGAGAUUUGUGGGGAUGCAAGGUUUGUUCCAUGCCCAAAUUGCAAUGGAAGUCGGAAGAUUUAUGAAGAAGAUGAAGGAAGAAUGAGGAGGUGCCCCAAUUGCAAUGAGAAUGGAUUGAUACGAUGCUCUGGUUGUUUCCCUUGAGUGUUACUGCUGCUCAGUGAAAACUAUUGUUUGGAACUUAUUUCUGAGGCUAUUUAUAGAGCUUUGCUUCUAAUGGAAUGUGUAUCUAUUUCACUGUUUGUCUAGGGUCUUGUUUCAAUCUCCUUUAUGUAAACUUUCUGCAUAUUAUAACGGUUGGAUAUUAUUAUUCAUUGUCUCUGAACAACAUUAACUAAUAAAGGAGUAUCAUUGUGUGCA